AUGAUAUGGCGUAAAGAAGAAAUUCCAACCGAUUGGAGAACAUCAGUUAUCUGUCCAAUAUUUAAAAAAGGUGAUCCCAAAUGCAUAGAAAAUUAUAGAGGUAUAUCUCUCCUAGAUGUUGGUAAUACAAAAUGUGUGGUUCGGGUACAAGGAGAGCUAACAGACCCUUUUGAAGUUGGUAAAGGACUAAGACAGGGUGAUGCACUAUCGCCUGUAUUAUUUAACUUGGUGUUAGAAAGUGUAUUAAGGAGAAUGCCACGACGACAGAUAAUGGAAUUAAAUGAGAACCAUACCCUACUAGCAUAUGCGGAUGAUAUAUUAAUUUUAGGUGAUACGAAGCAAGAUACCGUAAACAGUAUGUCAGAUCUAAUGAAAGUAUGCAAACAUAUAGGGUUGUCUAUAAACCAGGAGAAGACCAAAUAUAUGUUUAUGACAAGAGAAGCACGAGAUAAUGAAGAUGAUUCAGACUUGGAAGUCGAUGGGAUAUCAUUUCAACAAGUACAUAACGUCAAAUAUCUCGUAGUCAACAUAAAUAAUAGAAACUGUAUGCAUAAUGAAAUAAAACUCYGUUUAAAAGCUGGGAAUGGAUGUUACUUUGCUAUGUCACAUCUGUUUAGGUCAAAAUUAUUAUCUAGGAAAAAUAAAGAGAAGCUAUAUACUAMGUACCUCAGACCAGUUGUGACUUAUGCAUGCUGUACUUGGGCUACAACAGCAGGAGAUGAGAAUAAACUUAAUAUAUUUGAAAGGAAUGUGUUAAGAAAAAUCUAUGGUCCCGUAUAUAAUCCUGAUACCCAAGUGUGGGAGAGAAGGUCAAACGAACAAAUACAAUAUUAUAAAUUAAAUUAA